CCCACCGCGAGCAAAGGAGCAGCGGGGCUCCCUGGAUCGGGCAGCCCGGCAGCAAAAUGCUGAUAGUUGAAAAGACAUCCGACCACCCUGUUCCUGAGUUCUCCCUGGUAGAAGAUGCUGCCCUCCACUUCACGUGUUUGAUGGACAGGCUGAACGAGCAGCGCCUUCUCCAGCCCGACCUGUGUGACGUGGACAUCGUCCUGGUGCAGCAGCAGGCGUCCGUCUUCCCGGCCCACAAGGGGGUCUUGGCAGCCUACAGCCGCUUCUUCCACUCCCUCUUCACCCAGAACAAGCAGCUCGGGCGGGUGGAGCUCUCUCUGGAGGCCUUGACCUCCCGUGGGCUUCAACAGAUUUUGAGCUUCAUCUACACCUCCAAGCUCUUGGUCAACGCCGACAACGUUCGGGAUGUCCUGAAUGCGGCCUCGGUCUUGCAGAUGACCGACAUUGCUUCCUCCUGUCAGGAGCUCCUCGCCACCCGAGCGCUCAGCUUGGCCAUGACCAACAACGUGGCCUUGACUUCGGACAACAAAGCCACCGCACCGCCUCCGUUCUUCGGUGACAUCAAGCAAGAAAUGGACCCUCCACCUCCUAAGAUCUUCGCCCGAGAAGGGAACGUCCCGUAUUCCGUACGGGUGGAAGAUGGCAACCAGAGCCAGCCUACGGUGGCCGACAAGACGUUCUACAAGGAAGAGAAGCAUGGGAUCUGCAAGAUGGAAGGGGAUGCGUCUGAAGCGCCCCUGGGCAACCGAGGUUCCUACAGCUGUGGCGAGCAGAUCAUUGUGGAGGUCAACCUAAACAACCAGACGCUCAACGUUUCUAAAGGUGCCGAAGGACAGCCUACCGCUGCCGAACAAGUGGCUUCGGAAGCUGGAUGCCCGGAAGGAGAACGGUGUUCCUCGGGGGUGGAUCGGAAACAAGAAAACGGCGGUAGGCGAGAUGAAGAUGACGAUGCAGAUAUGGGUGAUGAAGACGAGCGCUCGGAAGAGGAGGACCUGGAAGAGGAGGAGGACACGUCGGAAGAGGAAGAAGAUGAGGAUGAGGAAGAAGAAGAAGAGGAGGACGAGGAAGAGGAGGACAGAGGGGACAAUGACAGCAACGUGGCCGAGAUGAGAGGGAAGAAGACCGGCGCACCUCAGAGGACUAGGCCACUUGCCAAGGCCACCAACUCACCUGCAUCCCGCAAAAUGGGUGAAGUUGCACCCAUGACGGAAGCAGGAGAGGAAGAGGAGGAGGAGGGAGAAGAUGAAGACGAAGUGGCUGAGGAUGGCGAUGGGGAUCAGAAAGCCAAGAAGCAGAAGAAGGAACAGGAUCCUCCCGGCCAGAAGGUCAAGCUGGAGGAGAAGCAACAUUAUCCGUGCAAGAAGUGCCCACGUGUGUUCAACAACCGCUGGUACCUGGAGAAGCACAUGAACGUCACGCACACACGCAUGCAGAUUUGCGAGAAGUGUGGCAAGAGGUUCCUGCUGGAGAGCGAGUUGCUUCUGCACCAUCAGACAGACUGCGAGAAAAACAUUCAGGUGAGGACUACCGUAGCCCUUCCUUUCUCCUUCAAGCUGGCGCCCUCAAGAUCUUCUGGUGGGACCUCUAAUGAGGAUGGUUGA